AUGUCGAGCGCAUCAAAAACAGAUCCAACGACGGAUCUGCCCCGACUGCUGAGUAAACUCAAGAAGACCUUCGACGAAACCUCUGAAGAUGUUUCAUUAGCCAAAGAUGUCAAGAAGACGAUCGACCAGUAUUUGAAGAAUCAAUUUCAACUAGACGCAAGGUCGGAACAGGAACUGCGCACCAAAUUCGAGAAGCUGUAUCAUCACCUCGGCAAAACUACUGAACCCUCUCAUUUCCGUUCUAUCCGUGAGGAGCUCGUUCACAUAAACGAAUUUCUGGGCCAAAGUGCCGGUGAGGCCAAUCAGCACGAUUUCCAAGCUUUAUCUGAAACGGAACUGGAUAUUAUAGACAACGCGGAAGAGGAUCGGCUAGUGAAACGUCUUCGGGCGAGCUACGAAUUUUUCUUCGGACAUGAUGAACUUAAGCGUGACCCGAGAAUUUGCUUGUUUCUGGCAAUUUUCCCUGGAAAUGCUGUUCUGAGGAAAAGGUUUCUUAUUUAUUGGUGGAUUGGGGAAGGGUUGGUCUCGAAAGAGGGAGAAGGCGAAAAAGUAUUUGAAGAGCUUUUAGAUUUAGAGUUACUCAUACCCCAUGGCAAGUGCCCAAGAGUGAGUAAAUGUCAAAUUUCCCCUUGGGUCCGUUGCAUGUUGAUCGCACUGGCCAAGAAAGAGAUGCUUUUGGACAUAAAGGAAAAGAUACCACAUUUUGAUCUUGCCCAUUCCCGGCGGACUUGUUUGAUCGCUGGACACUCUGAUUUGGGAAUUGAAAGAGAAUCCACACCUCCAGAGACUUUGAGGACCAUUUUUAACGUGAACGAAAGAGAUCUUCAUUUUCAAGACCAAUGGCUUGCUAAACUGAAGAGAUUGCUGGUGCUUCAGCUUGGUCGUUGGCAGGUUUCUCCCACCCAUCAAAUUGAAGUUCAAGAUGAAUCGUUCCUAACCGGAGGUUUGAAGACCCAGAAACUGCUCAAAUAUCUCAGCCUCCGUGGGAUUUCAAGAAUAACUUCACUUCCUGAGUCCAUCAGAGAACUGGUCAGCCUCGAAAUUCUGGACCUCAAGGCUUGUCAUAAUCUAGAAAACUUGCUAAACAAGGACGAGGCCAUUGAUCAGUUUCAAAACAAUUUCCACUUCCAAAUUAUAUAUGAAAUAAAAGGAUAUUUGUGGCAGAUAAUUGUUUGGGACUUAAUAUCAUUUUCCCAACCAAGAUCAUACAAGAGAGGAUACUUUCCUCUGUUUCUGGUUGAUUUUGUUGUUUGCCUUUUCAUCUUGUUGUAUUGGGUGUUGCUGAUGAAGUCUUUUGAUUUUCACAAUUCAGAAGGUUAA